UAUAGUGAUUUGGUUCAGAAUCUUCAUUUUUUUGAACUACCUAGUAAGUUGACACAUUCCUACCACAAAUCCGUGUCACGUUACACAUACCUGUCAUAACAUACAUGCGUCGUUAAGAUUCUGCAUACAACUUUAUUAGGUACGACGAAACUGAAAUCCAAAGAUCGAUUCAGCUGCGUCCGCAAAGCGAACUGAUAACUGGACGACUUUGCUAUCGUAUUCAGAGAUGGAGGACUCUCAAGAAUCGACCCUAAAGAAAAAUGACGUGACUGAUAGUGAAAGUUCAUCGAGUAAUGUUGAGGGCUAUAAAGACCUAGGUGCUUAUAGUUUGGAAAACACUCAAGUCUCCAAACGCAGUCGUUACUUGUAUCCUGAUAGCAAGACAUGGUCUAUGGGUCCCUUGAAUACUUAUGUAUAUAAACAUAAGCAAAAAAAGUGUCUAUUGAAUGACAAUUGUGUUACAUUUCCAGAAGAAAUAUUAUUAAAGAUAUUUAAAAUGAUGGACAAACGUACGUUAGUAACAUGUACACGUGUAUGCCAUCAAUGGCGACGUAUUGCAUAUGAUGAAUCUUUAUGGCAGCAAUUAAAUAUAUAUUCUCGUAGUAUGAGUAUUUUGACUUUAGAUCAUCUUCUUGCCCGUAAUAUCAAAUACUUUUCUGCUUCUCACUCAAAUUUUUAUGUUUUUAAAAACCAGUAUUUAUGUAAAACACCAUUUCCAAAGUUGCAGUAUUUAGAUUUGAGUUCAGUAAUUAUGGAUUAUAAGACGCUACGUUCAUUAUUAAGGCAAUGUUCUAAUUUGAUAAAACUGAGUUUGGAAAACUGUUCUGUAGAUUCUUUUUGUUGCAAGUACAUUGGACACAAUACCAAUUUAAAAGUACUUAACUUAGCAUCAACAGUGGGACUUAACCGCAAUGGCUUGAAACAUUUAAUGUCUCUACAAAAUUUGGAAGAAUUGAAUGUGGCUUGGGCUAAAUUGGAAGAUAACAGUUUACAAUACCUGAUGGCCAAUAUGAUCCCAAAUAUAAAAUGCCUUAAUAUUAGUGGAUUUAUGUACCAGAUGGAAGAUUUUGAUUUGUCAACGAUGAGUAGCCGUUGUACAAAACUAAUAGAAUUAGAUAUUAGUGACAACCGUGAUAUUACUGCAAGCAGUUUGGACAAAAUUUUAGAGAAAAACCAUAAAUUAGAAGUGUUAACCAUGCACCGCUGUAUCAAUAUUGUCGCUCCUAGCCUUUUGAAUGCAAUGAAGAUGAUUAGCAGGAAAAGUAUUUCUCUUAUGAGUUUGAGGGAGAUUAAUUGUAUCCACAUAAAACCCAAUCAAAUAUUGGGGGAUGAAUUUAAUAUUCUACAUAAAAUCCUGAUUCCAAUUUUGGAUUUGAAAAUAAGUAAUAACAUGUUUUCUGGUAUUAGCCGUUCAAAACUGGCUCACAAUGAACAUAUAAUUUGGGAAAUCCCUGCUUUUAUCGACUCUUAAUAUUUUACUCUAUAGUUAUGACUAAUAUUCCAUUGCCAAUAUACUGUGAUUAAAGUUAUAUACUAUUAGAAAAGAGAUAACUAUUAUUGAAUAAGUCUGGUAAAAAUGUUAGUCUUCUAAUUUUUAAUUUGAA